AUGGUCACAAGCCUGGACAUGAUUUUAAUCGACCAGGAGGGAAGUAGAAUUCAAGCUACAAUAAAAAAAAAUCUUAUUCCAGUAUUUGAAUCCCUAUUCGAUGAAGGAGCUGUCCGGGAGAUCAUAGAUCCUUAUCAUUUUAUCUCUUUCCCAGAUUUGCUAGCCAGGAACUUUGACACUCGUGUUGCAUUUGAUUUUCUAGGAUUUAAGUGGUACGAGAAUUGCAGUCGCUUUGUGGGGAGUUUUGCAAUGAAGUUGAAUACUUACAUUUCACAACAUAAUAAUGACACUGCUCCUGUUAUUAUCCUGCUACGUUUGGCCAAACUCAAAAUUUGGGGUGGUCAGCCUCAAGUUGGUAAUUGUUUGUUUGGGUCUAGAUUGCAUAUAAAUGAUGAUAUGCCUCAGAUUUUGGAGUUCAAAUCAAAAAUUAAUGCUUUGGAUACAAAUGUUGAGUCUUCUAGCCGUACAUCCCAGCUCAACUCAGAUACCGUUGUGGCUAAUCCAGAGGAUUACUACCUCCGUUUUCAGAUAAAAAACAUUGAUGAAAUUCCUGAUUUUAAUGAGGAAGUUGGUUUAACCAUUAUCGCUACUAUUAUUGGUUUUGAUAUGGAUGAUGGUUGGUAUUCAUUUUAUUGUCGUGAUUGUUCUAAAAAGGUUACUAAAAAUCAUGAUGAUGUUGAUGUUGGCCCUUUUCACUGUGAUGGUUGUGGAUUUGUCUCGGAUGUAUUUGGAAAGAUUAGGAUAGUAGUUCGUGUGCAAGAUGAAAGUGGCUCUUCUUCGUUUGUAUUGUUUGAGCGUCAUGUAAAAGAUCUUAUUCAUCGUGGAAACCAAUGGUUGAUGGACAAAAUAGCUAAGGAUCAAGGCCGACAACAGAUACCUGAUGAGUUCAAAAUUCUUCUAAAUAAGAAUGAUAUGCUUACGGAAAAAGUGGACUAUGAUUACUACAACAUAGAAUUGUUUUCAUCUACUACGUGGCAAUGGAGGGAGUUUCAAAAUAUCCAGUUACCAUCAUCUGUUUAUCCUGUCUCUGAUGAGGCUGUUACAAGUGGCGGUGCCUUAUACUUCUUAUUAUCUAAUGAUAGCAUACUGCGAUUUGAUAUUUAUUCAGAAGAACAUAUACUCAUAUUUUCACCUUCUACUAUUAAUGAAUUAAAACCAUAUGCAUCGAGAUUAAUCAACUUUCAGGGAAAAUUAGGAUAUCUCUCUAUAAGUGGAGAUACUUCGUGGGCUAUUUGGAUUUUCAUUCACAAUCGGUGGGUUAAAGUAGAUGAUAGUACUUACAAUGAAAGUGCACAUGAAUGGUGGAAUUAUAGAAACAAUACCCUAUAUUUCUUUAGAGGAAAUACAAUUGAGUAUGAGGUUCCGGCACAUCAUUCUCAACAAGUUUUUUCAAUCCGUUCUGAUUUUGAUACAGUGACUAUGCCAGGUCGAUAUUACUGA